UGACAGGACGCCGAGAUGACAAGCGCAAACCCAGGCUGCGGUUUUUCUCAGCAGAAAAGGAGUGCGGUGAGGCGGGAGGACCGCGUGCCCCGCCGCGGGGCUGAGCAGGAGAGGAGGAGACAAGGGGAGUCUUACCCCUCUUCAUCACCAAUAUGGUUUGUAGAAUCAGAUGACCCAAACCUGACUUCAGUCUUAGAGCGUUUAGAAGAUAUUAAGAAGAGCAAUACUCUGCUUCUUCAACAGCUGAAGCGAUUAAUAUGUGACCUCUGCAGAUUAUAUAAUCUUCCUCAGCAUCCAGAUGUUGAAAUGUUAGAUCAGCCGUUACCAGCUGGACAGAAUGGAACAACAGAAGAAGUUACAUCAGAAGAGGAGGAAGAGGAAGAUAUGGGUGAAGACAUUGAAGAUCUGGAUCACUAUGAUAUGAAGGAGGAGGAACCAGUUGAUGGGAAGAAAUCUGAGGAUGAAGGCAUUGAAAAAGAGAACCUUGCAAUCUUAGAAAAAAUCAGAAAAAAUCAAAGGCAAGAUCACUUAAAUGGUGCAGUCUCUGGGUCAGUUCAGGCUUCAGAUCGACUUAUGAAAGAACUCAGGGAUAUAUAUAGAUCACAGAGUUAUAAAACAGGGAUAUAUUCAGUGGAACUGGUAAAUGACAGCUUGUAUGAAUGGCACGUUAAGCUUCUAAAGGUUGAUCCUGAUAGCCCACUGCAUAGUGAUCUUCAGGUCUUAAAAGAAAAAGAAGGUGUAGAAUACAUUUUACUCAACUUCUCUUUUAAGGAUAACUUCCCUUUUGAUCCUCCUUUUGUGCGAGUGGUGUCUCCUGUGCUCACAGGAGGGUAUGUCCUAGGUGGAGGUGCAUUAUGCAUGGAACUUCUUACUAAACAGGGCUGGAGCAGUGCCUAUUCAAUAGAAUCAGUCAUCAUGCAGAUCAAUGCCACUUUAGUCAAAGGAAAAGCCAGAGUACAGUUUGGAGCCAAUAAGAAUCAAUAUAAUCUAGCAAGAGCACAGCAGUCCUAUAAGUCACUAGUACAAAUACAUGAGAAAAAUGGCUGGUACACUCCUCCAAAAGAAGAUGGCUAACAUUGAGGACUCUUGUAUACCUGGACCAAUGUCAACAAAACAAGCUCUUUUUUAUGUUUUCCAACACACAGACUCAAGCUAUGAGUGCCCCUAUAACAGCUGUACUGAAGACUUUAGCUAUUAGAUAAGUUAGUGGAUAAUCUUGUCAACUGACACGUAAAGUAUAAGUUACAGCCUUACCAUUCCGCUCUUCUUAGGUAUCUGGACUGAGCAGUUUGGGCCUUUACCAUAUUUGUUCUUAUGGAUUAGGCAUAUUUGGGCCACGCCCUCCCUUCUCCCUUUUUUUUAUUUGAAAGCAUAAACUCCCUACAGCAGGCUAUCGACUUACUAAAGAUCAUUCAAUAGGAGUGAGUUGUUCACACACUUUUGUGUAUUUCUUACUUUUUGCAAAAUGCAGACUGCAGAGACUUGCGUUGUAUCGUUUCAUUUAAUGCCAAGAAGUUUAAUACAUUGUUUAAUACUGUUUUAGGAAAUGUCAGGUCUUGCAAAUCACAGUAGUUUUUCUGGUCAAAAAAGACAGCAUUUGUAGUAUUUCCAAAUUAAUGAUAUAGGAGAAACACAUGUAUGUUAAGUCAUUAAACAUUUUUCAUGGCUGUA